UUAAACGUCAUUAAUCCGAACUGAUUUGUGAUAUCUCGCUCUAGGAAUUCAUUCAAACUAUUUUUGGAUGUAUCAGAAUGUCGUUGUCCACGGCGCUGAUGCCGCAGCAGCGACCGCAAUGCAACCGAAAGAGCGCCCAGAUCUUCGCCAGAUUCUUCGAGCAACGCUAUGGUAACUGGAGUUGUAUGAGGAACAGAGGUAUUUGCCGUAGCGCACAGGCCGUUGUCGAGCAGCAGGUGCAACAGGUGAGAUGUGUCGACCAGCAGCUGGGCACCUUCAUUCAAACACAGCAACGUGGCAGCUUCGUGGCACUGCAGCGAAAUCAGCUUCUGGCUCUGCAUCGCGAAGACUAUAGAAUCUAUCCGCAGAGCGUUGACUUGGAUUCGUUCUUCAGCGAGCAGGAGAAGUGUGAUAAGGUGUCGGAUGUCUGCCUGCUCAACGAUCACUUCAUACUGGUCAAGAUGCCGCAGCAGGAGCCAGAGCAGGGACAGAAGCUGGCGCAGCUGCAUCACGUGCCGGAGCUGAAUGUCCCUCAGCCCGAACAGCAACGGAAGCUGAGCUCCCGUUUGCCUCGCUGCUUCAAGUGCAAUCGCAGCAAUCGCGUUUCGCCAAUUCUUGAGGAGCUGGAGGAGACCGAGCCAGUGGGCUAUAGGCCCUGGAUAGUCCACGGUGAUGACGAUGUCGAGGUCUUCAGCUCCACCACACGGAUCAUACCCGUCCACAGUAAGCAGGAAAUGCAGGCCAUUUCGUUGCCAACACAUACAGCUGGAGAGGAUUCGGCUGUGGUGGAGCAACCGCUGCCAAAGCUGCAGUUGGAGACGCUACAAACGUCCCCUCCAGCUGCUGUCACUGUCUCCUCACAUCCCAUCAGUCGUGGCCCCUUCCACUGGUUCCUCUGGCCCUUUCGCAGGCGUCUGCAAAGACGAAAAGCCCCGCUUGCUGCCGUCCAUAAGACCUACUUCAUCACCUGGAAAAAGCCGCCAGAAACGCUGUGGCGUGGCUAUGGCGUAGACCGCGCCGUGGCGGACAAAGUUGCGCUACGUCGUUGUCGCUCCGCCAUAUUUUGAAUUGAUUUCUAGAGAAACUACUCUCUGUAUAUUUUGUAUAUAUUAAUUUGAGAAAAACUCAAAA